ACACACUUUUCCACCACAAAAAGCCUUCGAUGGAAAGAAAAUGAGCUUCGGAGGUGCAUUGCUCUUCUGUUCGAAUGUAAAUGUGGGUUUUCUGAUCAUUUUCUCCUUAUAGAUCCCUCCGCCAAAAUGUGUAUUAGCUCAGGCUUCACUUCCGGGUCCGCCAUUUUGUUGCCUCCAUUUCUCCACGAGGGGGGGUUAAAGGCCCCCAAAAUAUGCAUAUAUGAAAAAGCCAAAAAGUAACCGUCAGUGAUAGGGAGUCUUAACUAGAGAAAGAAACGGAACCAAACUGGGGGGCUCGAUGAAAGCGCGGCCGGCAGCGUCCCGGACGAGGAGCUUCCUGAAAAUAUUUGUUCCUAUGCAUAAAGAUGUCUUUGGUGGACUUGGGGAAGAGGUUGCUAGAAGCAGCAAGAAAAGGCCAAGAUGAUGAAGUGAGGACAUUGAUGGCAAAUGGCGCUCCCUUCACCACAGACUGGCUUGGAACAUCACCCCUCCACCUUGCAGCCCAGUAUGGUCAUUAUUCCACAGCAGAAGUGCUCCUUCGAGCAGGCGUUAGCAGGGAUGCCCGGACCAAAGUGGACAGGACCCCUUUGCACAUGGCUGCAGCUGAUGGACAUGCGCACAUCGUGGAACUGCUUGUUAGGAAUGGUGCAGAUGUGAAUGCCAAGGACAUGCUGAAGAUGACAGCUUUACAUUGGGCUACAGAACACCACCAUCGAGAUGUUGUAGAGCUACUUAUCAAAUACGGAGCCGAUGUCCAUGCUUUCAGCAAGUUUGAUAAAUCUGCCUUUGACAUAGCCCUGGAGAAAAAGAAUGCUGAAAUUCUGGUCAUCCUUCAGGAAGCAAUGCAGAAUCAGGUGAAUGCUAAUCCCGAGAGAGCCAACCCUGUGACUGUGGCUGCCCCAUUCAUCUUCACAUCUGGAGAAGUUGUCAACCUUGCUAGCCUUGUUUCUUCAGCCAACACCAAAACAACCUCAGGUGACCCCCAUGCCUCCUCAGCACCACACUUGUCAAAUUCCACCACCUCAGUGCUGGCCACCCUUGCAGCUCUUGCUGAGGCAUCAGCCCCCUCGUCCAACUCCCACAGAGCCGCAGCUAAUUCAGAGGAAAUCAUAGAGGGAAAUUCUGUUGACUCAUCAAUCCAGCAAGUGGUGGGGAGCGGAGGCCAGAGGGUCAUCACCAUAGUGACUGAUGGAGUCCCUCUGGGUAAUAUCCAAACUGCAAUCCCUACUGGAAGCAUUGGCCAGCCAUUUAUUGUAACUAUGCAAGAUGGACAGCAAGUUCUAACUGUACCUGCUGGUCAGGUUGCAGAGGAAACUGUAAUUGAAGAAGAGGAAGAAGCAGAGAAGUUGCCUCUGACUAAAAAACCAAGAAUAGAAGAGAUGACAAACAGUAUGGAGGAGAGCAAGGAGGGCACUGAAAGAGAGCUGCUCCAGCAGCAGCUCCAGGAGGCCAAUCGAAGAGCUCAGGAAUACCGACACCAGCUCCUAAAGAAAGAACAGGAGGCAGAACAGUACCGCCUCAAGCUAGAGGCCAUGGCCCGACAACAGCCCAAUGGAGUUGAUUUCACCAUGGUUGAAGAGGUGGCGGAGGUAGAUGCUGUAGUAGUUACAGAGGGGGAGAUGGAAGAGAGAGACACAGAAGUGACUGGGGCAGGAGGGACCAUGGAGCCUCAUCCUGGAGUUUCCUUGGAAACUGUUUCAUCUUAAUGUGCAAGGGCCACAACUUGUACUGUGUCCAUCUUUUUCCUCUUUUUAAAAGAAAAUACAGAGGACAGGACAUUGUAUAAAAAUUAAGAAUGUCCUUAAGAAGAAAACUAUAGCAGGGUACAGUGCUUGGGCUCAGGAAGGCUUGCUAUGCAACUGGAAAAUUCAAAGCCAAAUUUAGGGAAUACUUCUUUUGAGGGACCAAAAGAACAAGGACCAAAUUUCUUAGCUCACAUCAUUGCUUUAAGCUUAGAGGUAAAAGAAUGCUGGAUAUUGUGGGUUGAUUGUGUUUUAAAUAACUGACUUUGUAUCAGAAGAUUUUAAGAUAACACUCCUAGUAGAGACACACAGAGCCUUUAAUAAGUGUACCGUCAAGUGACCUUAAAAUUUGCCUUAGAUUUAUGACGUGUACCUGGUAGAGAAGAAAACUAACUGGGAGGUGGAUUAGAAGCAAGCUUUUGGGAAGAGAAAGAAAUACAUUCCACUUGCAAAGGAGCAGGCAUUCCCCUCUAUCCUGAAUUAAUUUCACUGAAAAGAAAUUGAUAGUUGCCUAACUCUGCAUCCAUUAUGUGUCCAUAAGUCAGAUGCCAGUUUAAGAAACUGAAGUGGAAUAUUUAAAAACUGGAAAGGAAAGAAAACUUGUUUAUGUGGGAGAAGUGUAUGUAAAUUCAAAAUCCUCCAGGCUGUGCUUCCACAAUGCUGGAAAGUGGCCAGAAAGAGGCUUGUGAGGUUAUGAAACAAUCUGGUCUCGAGAUACAAACUUUGCUCUGGCUGGAUUUUAUAAAAUUGAAAUCAGGAGGAUAGUCUGUUGCUAGAACAACUUGCUUCCAAACAUUUAUUUCUAUAAUAUCGAGCUUUAAUAACAACUUUUUAAUUUUAUAAAAUUUUGUUGAGUUUUCUAAGUGUGCCUUUCUGUGGAGCUUACAUGGUACCCUCUUCAUUGCAAAAAAAGAAGUCGGGGGAGGGGUGAGUCCUGAGGGUGUUGGUGGAGUUUUGUUUCCAUUUGACUUGGGAUGAGCAAAUGGUUCUGUUUCCUUAAGGUUGGGUUUUGUGCAGAGCUUUUGUGCUCAGUGUGUGUUGGCAAAGGGAGUGAAAAACUAGAAGUGCCAUAAAGUAAGGAACCAAAAAUUCUGGCUCAGUGACUUCAUCUGCUUGACUUCCUUCCCUACCACUAUGCCUGCUCCCUUUGCCUAGACACUUCUGGAAAGUGUUUUGUUGCUGGGUUUUCUUUGUGCACCAGUUUGGAGUUUUUUUAAAAGAAAGGGGAUAUGGAUGGAGAGAGAGAGGUUGUGGAGAGGUUACAUUACAGAAGUUACUGUCUUUGAAAUUGGGCCCCCAUCUUUCUAGACCUGCUUGCUUGCUUUAUUGUAAAUUAGAAGAAGAAACCAGAGGAUGUGCCAAGUAAACAUUUGAAUGACUGUUUAGAAUACGGUUUUCUUAAUUAGCGAUCAUGGGGAAAACAUACAUUUUUAAUUUGGAAUAAAACUUAACAUGGUUCUAUUUACCUUGAUUAGUGAAGUAAUUUGCUGCAGUUUUCCAGAGGUGCAGAAUCAUGUGGGGCUCAAAAUAGACCUAAAACAACUCGCCAAACCAAAUUUGACAAACAAAUUUGUUAUUAGAGGCUUACAAGCAAAAAUACCAGUUUGAAAUUAAUCUUGGCUGUUGGCCACCUUAACUAGGUUUUCUCCAUAGACUUGAGAGAUUACUCUUGGUUUGGGGGGAUGACGAGAAGCCUAGGUAAGGUCUAGGGUGAAAUUGUGCCAUCUGCUGUCAAAUUGUCCUUUUUCAGCUUGCAAUGUUUUUCUUUUUUCUGAGUCCCUUUGUGAACCAGGUGCUAACAAUAAGCUGCUAUUGUGUGCCAUUUCAGAGCCUUAGCUUAACUAUAGAGAUAGAGGGACCAAGUGUCAUUUUAGAUAUGUUUGGUUUAUGUUCUUUGUGUAUAUAUUGACUUUAAUUCCUUUUUUUUCCCCCCUUGCCUGUUAAGGGGGUGGAGGUUAACUCUGCAGAGGAUAUCCAGGCCCAGCCACCUCUCUCUCUGGGGUAGCUUCUGACUAGGGGCAGGAGUUGCCAUCCAGCACUCCCUGCUGAGCAUACAGAGUCCCUACUGUUUUGGGGAACUGUUCAGAAAUUAUUAUCAUUCUCUUUCUGUAGGAGGCUGUCAUUCUCACCUAGAAAAAUCUCUAAUACAGUCCAAGUCAUUUUUGAUGAUGGAGUCUCUGAGAUAGGGAGUUGGGUUAGGGAAAGAGAAAAGAGAAAUGUCUGGAAAGGGAAGAGUAGCAAAAAGGUAUUUGUUGUUAUUUACUUGAAAUACCUUUUAGCAUCCCAGAGAAGGGAAAUAGGAUUUGAUCCCCAGUUGUUUUUUUAUUUUUAAAAAAUUUUUUUAUUUUUUAAUUUUUUGACAGAGAGAGACAGCGAGAGAGGGAACACAAGCAGGGGCAGUGGGAGAGGGAGAAGCAGGCUUCCCGCCGAGCAGGGAGCCCGAUGAGGGGCUCGAUCCCAGGACCCUGGGAUCGUGACCCGAGCCAAAGGCAGACGCCUAACAACUGAGCCACCCAGGCGCCCCUGAACCCCAGUUGUAUUGCCAUGGAGAAAAUGGCAGGUCAGGAUUCCUUGAAGUAGUCAGAAAUAUUAAAUGCAUUAAUGGCAAUACCAUUUUAUGAUUUUGCAUCUUUCAGGAUCAGCAAUGGAAGUUGGGAAAAUGUUGCUAGAUCUUCUGGGUUGAUGGAUCCCAACUGGUUUAUUGGCGAGAUUGAAUUACAGAGAAUCAAAUAACAGACAGGUGGUUCAGAAUUGGUACUUAAACAGGAGAAACCUGGAACCUAGGAUGAUUGCCUACUUUAAAAUAAAGCUGCUUUAACAAUAUCAGUAUUAAUUUAUGAAUUUUAGGUCUUAAGCCUUCCCCGAAAAAAGAGAAAGAAAGAAGUCCUAGUAUUUCUGUUCUUGUUCUUAGCUUCAGGGAAAUUACUUAUAAAUAUAAAAUGUACAGUUCCCUUCCUAUCACUACCUCUAUGGGAUCUUUUAAUUGUAAUGGCAGAGUUGAGGUUUUUUAAUGGAGAUAUGGGAGAACUUGACUUUAGGUUUUCUGUUUUGAACUCAGUGCCUUAAAAGAUGUUCUUUUUCUCUGUCAGAUCCAUGUGUAUUUUUGGCUUUGGCUUUCCCCCUUCUUCAGCCUUACCAUUGCAUUAUUAAAAUUUUUGUGUCUGCUCAGUAAUGUUAGAAAUCUAUGGCAUACAAAAGUACUUUCUUUCUUUAUAUUGAUGUAAAAGAAAUGAAUUUACCAGAAGGCUCUACAGUCAAAGUUCGGUAUUGCAUGACCAGGGCACUUCUAAUAGCCAUUUGCUGGGUGCAUAUUGGUGUGUACAUUUAUAAAUACAUACGGAUUUUCCCACUUUUUGUUUAUUUAAGGUUCAGCUCUAAAGUACCUGGUAUCGCUUCUCGGCCUUUUGGCUAAGAUCAAGUGUAGUAAAGUACCUGGCAUAACCUGGAAAUAUUUUCAUUUCAUUUAACACGUUAAAGAGGGCUUCUGUGGCUUCACUAAAGGGGCUGAGGAAGAAAAAGCUUUAUUUUGGCCCUUCUCUGAGAGGUGUGCUCUAACUGGUGUAAACCCCAGGGAGAACCAGUAUGUGGCUUUACAGAGAUUUGUUUAGCAUGUGGCGUGAUGACACCAUGGGAGCUAAAUGGUUCAGAGCAGUGUCAGGGGUAAAGCUGGAGCUGCCUUUCUCAGAGCACGCCUCCUAUGCACUCCUCUAGGCAGCGGUUUUCUCUUACACCUCAGAACAGGAAAGAAACCUUAGAUAAAGGGAUCACGGCACAAGGAGCAGGCAUUCUGUACAUCUGUUUUCCCAGGUUAGAAAUCUCACCUUUUUGAGAAAUGAUCGUUUUGAGAAAGUUUGUGUGGCUCUCUGCUAACAAACAUCAUUAUGGACCUCCAGAGCUAGAAAAUUUCAGGCAUAUAGUGAACUCUUCCCAAAAGUUGGGUAUUGAGUAGAAAUCGGUUUUUAUCCAGAUUUACUGGAGAAUGGCCUCCUUGUGCAGACAUCUCUGUAUGGCCAGAAAAGGAGCUUUAGAAUGGAAUAUGUGAGCACCACCUAUAUACUGUUCAGGGCUCUUACCUAUCUCCAUUUUAUGUGAUGAAUAUUUUCAGAGUUGGUACUCUGUUUCCUAUGCCAAUAUAUUUAAUAAGAGAGCAGAAGUAAGAAGGAUGAAUUUGAAUUAAGUAGCUUUGAGCCUCUGUUGCUGCCUUUUUUUUUUUUUUUUUUUUUUUGGAGCCUCUCUAGGAUUAGUGGGUGGGGUGACAUUCCUAGACUCUACAGUAGCAAUUUGGCUGGUUAAUGGCAGGAAAUUGUGAUUCCCUAUCUCUCCCCGCGCCCCCCCCCCCCCGCCCUUUCCCCUCUAAACUACUUCUGCUUCUGUGACCCCAUUGUUUUUAUCUCACUGAGUCUUUCCCAGGCACUAGAACUUAAUUAGUUGGUCAUUUCUAAUCUAUGGGCCUUGUCUUUCCUCUUUCCACUCCCCUCCUUCCCUAUUACAUGCAUUUUCUGUUUAUUCUGAAGUGGUUUGUUUCUGAGAAUUAAUCUAGGUCAUACCCUAUAUCCUGUGCUUCCUAGUUGGUUUCAGGCAUCUUGCUUGACUAAAAAUAAUGACUGCAGCUCCCUUCUCUGGCUUUGUCCUGUGGCCUGUCCUCCUGACAAGGCCAUUUAUGUUGGAGGAGGAGAGAAAGAGGGUGGGUGGGGUCCCUAGAUUCUUCUCAAAAUGUCCUCAGUUUUUCAGGUUUUCUGACAGCUUUAUGUACAGUGUGUUUUAAGAAAACUUAAAUAUACUUCUCUUUUUUUAUUUAGGAUUUUAAUAGGAUUUGAUUUUGAUGAGGAAGGGUGUGUGUGUGGGGGGGUGAUCAUUUGUGUGUAUAUACACUUAUACAGAUCUAUAUUAUAUAUAUAAUUUUUGUACUAUCAUUUAAAAUAAAGAUGUUUCUUAAUAAAAUGUCAAAGUCUUACCAUU